AUGGUGGACGUGACACCAGCCAACAGCUCCGAGAAGGACCUAAAGCCUGCUUCCGUGCAGGACGGCUCGUUUGACACCGAGGACCAGGGAUUGCUCGAGGUCUAUGGCGUUGGAGGUGUCGGCCGCACCAAGCGUCGACUGACGGCCCGCCAUGUCACCUUCCUCGGUUUUGGCGGAGGCAUCGGCACUGGUCUCUUCCUGGGAACUGGUUCUGCGCUGGCCAAGGCCGGCCCUGCUGGUCUUCUUCUGGCGUACAUCAUUGUCGGAGCCAUUCUGUGGUGCGUCAUGGAGAGCAUUGGCGAGCUUGCCUCUCUGAUUCCCCAAGCGGGCACCUUUCCUCACUUCGCCACCCGUUUCGUUGACCCCGCUCUGGGAUUCACUCUCGCCAUCAGCUACGGAUACUGCUACACGGUUUCUAUUGCGUCUGAGGUUUCGGCAGCGGCUCUCCUCGUCUCGUUCUGGAGUGACAUUACGCCCGCCGUGACAAUUACCGUUGGCCUGGUCUUGAUCUUUAUCAUCAACAUUGUCUCUGUCCGAUACUACGGCGACUCGGAAGUGGUGGCGUCGUCGAUCAAGGUCCUGUGCUUCAUUGGCCUCAUCUUCGUUUCGCUGGUUAUUACUCUGGGCGGAGCACCAAACCACGACCGCAUCGGUUUCCGUUACUGGAAGGACCCCGGAGCUUGGACGGACUACAACGGUAUCACGGGACCCACUGGCCACUUCCUCGGCUUCUUCAGCGCCUUUAUCAACGCCUCGUUCUCGUUCAUCGGUGUCGAGACUGUUGUGAUCGCUGCCGGUGAGACCGCCAACCCCCACCGCUCGAUCCCCAAGGCUACCCGCCGUGUCACCUACCGUAUCAUGUUCUUCUACGUGAUCGGCGCCCUUCUCAUUGGUAUGAUCGUUCCUUACGACAACGAGCAGCUCUCCAACGGUUCGGGCAACGCCAGCGCGUCGCCGUUCGUCAUUGCCAUCCAGAACGCGGGUAUCAAGGCCCUGCCGUCUAUUGUCAAUGCCUGUGUCCUCAUUUCCGCCUGGUCCGCCGGCAACUCGUACUGCUACGUCGGUGCGCGCAUCAUCAUGGCCAUGGCUAUCGACCGCCAGCUUCCCCAGUGCUUUGCCACGGUUAACCGCUGGGGUGUCCCCCACUGGGCCGUCAUUGCCUCCUUUGCGUUUGGCCCCCUCGCCUACCUCAGUCUCGGUUCAGGCGGCCCUGCUGAGGCAUUCAACUGGAUCCUCGUCCUGUCCACUCUGGCCGGUCUCCUCGCCUGGAUGACCCUCUGCAUCGCCUACAUCCGCUUCUACCGCGGUGUCCAGGUGCAGGGCAUCGACAGGUCUACCUUCCCUUACCGCGGACGUUUCCAGCCCUACACCGCCUGGUUCGGCACCAUUGGAUCUCUGAUCAUCAUCCUGUUCAGCGGCUUCAGUGUGUUCCUCAAGGGCAACUGGAGCGUCUCGGACUUUAUCGCCAACUACAUCGGCCUGCCCAUCUACAUCAUUCCCUUUGUUCUCUGGAAGGUCUUUAAGAAGUCCAAGUUUGUGCGCGCUAGCGAGAUGGACUUCAAGUCGGGUCUCUGGGACCCACGCGACGCUCCCGAGGAGCCCGAGCCGACCACCUGGUGGGGCAAGUUCAUCGACUGGCUGUUUUAG